GGAGCCAUGAAGAAGAACGAGACAAAACCAUAAUUUUGGCGCCAUAGCAUUUGGGGCUGUUACUGAACCGAUUUGCUUACGGAGCUCGAGCUGCCCCACACUCCGCUGAUUCCUUUGCUCAUCGCCAACCAUUUUCCAUCCUAAAAAUUUCUCGACUCCAAAUUUCUGUUUUCAUGUAAAAUAACCAUAAUUCAAUCAUUUCUCUCCUUCGUGUUUCUGAUUUGCCUCAAUCAUGCCGGGAACCAUUCGAGUUUCUGUUCUGGAGUUCAUGGAUCUACCUGAGCUAUUGCCUUUGCCAAUUUUGAUUAAGAUUUCCAUGGGGAAAAGACAGUAUGAAACUUCGGAGAAAGGAGAUUUCUCAUUUCCAUUGACGACGCUUCGAGAUGAUGUGAUUCUUAUAAUUCAGGAUGCUGGAGGGAAUGAGGUAUCACGUGCAGGUGUUCAGGCGAAAUCAAUAGUUGAGAAGGGUUUCUGGGAUGAUCUUUUUCCUCUUGAAGGAGGAGGCCGUGUGCAUUUGAAGUUCCAGUUUGCUCUUAGUGAAGAUGAUCGCAGUCGAAUUCGAACAAUGAGAGAAACCGCUAUGAGAAGAAAACAAGUUGAGCGUCAAGAUAGAAAUCUCAAUAGCUCUGGAAGCAGCCUUGCUUCAUCUUUUUACCUCAACCCCGAGCUCUCAGAUUCCCAAAAAUGUCUUCUCCAAGUUGGAGAUCUAAGUGCUAAAGAAGCGGCUCAUCAAUCUUCAUCAGCAUCAACUGAAGAUAUCCCUGAUGAGAAGCUGGUUACUGAAAAAACAAACGACACUCGGCUCGAUCAGGUUGAACGACUUUCAGUUGAGAAUGAUGCAGACAGAAAUGAGGAAAACCCAUCAGCAAUUCCCCAUGUAAACCACCAACCUUCACCUACCAUUCGUUCAGAAAAAAAAGUUUUCCAUUCUCAAGGCUCAGAGUUAUCCAGAUCUCCAGCAAAAGAUGAAAAGAAGACCGGUUCUACAGAUAGGAAAACUCCCAGCAUGGUGAAAAAUGUAAUAAGUGCCUUUGAAAGUAACUUGACUCAGGAUACAACACCACGCAUUAAACCUACCUUAAGAAGAACUAAAUUAUCCGAGGACGCUCGGCAAUUGCUAAAGUUGAAAGGGAAGAAGAAUCAAGUUGGAGGAGAAAAUUUGAGGGAAAAGGAUCAAAUAAAUAAGAAGCAUGAUGAUAUAGAUGCAAAAAAUGAUGGAUCUUAUCAAAAGUCAAUGCCUGAGAAGCCAGACCAUGUCAAAGAUGAACAGUUUUCUUCCAAAAGGUCUGGUGGUUGGAUAUUUCCAGAUGAAAAAGGACGGGUGUGUGUCACAACAGGUGGUAAUCAGAUGCUAGAAGAUACGGUGGGAGGUCGCACUAGCUAUACAUUUAGCCGUAAAGUGGAAAUGAAGAUUUCCACGGAAGAGAGUAGAAGGACCUCAGAAACGAGGGCAAAUAGGGGGAAGCAUGAUCAUCAAGAAAUGAUCAAACCAGAGAGUUCAGACGAUGUAAAACCUUCUGAAGGACCACUUGCCAAUGCCUUCAAAAUUGCAGUAAUGAUUGGGUUUGGAACUCUUGUUCUUCUUACCAGACAAAGGAAAAAGAAGAGAUAAGCAGUUGGGUUAUGGAUCCGCUCCAAUUGUUUUCAAGGGAUGUAAGCUUUUACUUCCAUAAACAGCAACCCAGUUUUUCUUCCCCCAUUCUUUUUUUAUCUUCACCACAUGCAUAUUAACUAAUGUUAGUCUUUCUUCAUCCCAUUGUAUAAAUUUUGUUCUUAUUUGAAAUCAACCUUAUAUUCUGAUGUUAUUUAGCUUCAUUGAGGUAUCAAGACAAUGUCUCCGCCCCCUUAUGUCAAGAUGAUUAUCGUAAUAUAAACCUCUGUGGUUCGAUGUCGUA